GCCCUCCCCGAGCUGGGAGCUGCGCCUCAAAGCGCCCGGGCCGCUGGCCCGCGCCACUCUCCCGCGCUGCAUUAGCUACAGACCCUGUAGGCGCUCCCGGCUGCCUGCCGCGGGCUCAGGGAGGACCAUGCGCCCUCCGAGCCUACCGCCUGCCCGCUGGCUCUGCGUGCUGGCAGGAGCCCUCGCCUGCGCCCUCGGACCAGCGGGCAGCCGAGCAGCCAGCCCACACCAGGAGUGUGAGUACCUGCAGAUGAUUGAGAUACAGCGUCAGCAGUGCCUGGAGGAGGCCCAGCUGGAGAAUGAAACCACAGGCUGCAGCAAGAUGUGGGACAACCUCACCUGCUGGCCGACGACCCCUCGGGGCCAGGUGGUCGUCCUGGACUGCCCCCUCAUAUUUCAGCUGUUUUCCCCCGUUCACGGCUAUAACAUCAGCCGUACCUGCACUGAAGAAGGCUGGUCACAACUGGAGCCUGGCCCCUACCACACUGCCUGCGGCCUGAAUGACAGGGAAUCUAGUCUGGAUGAGCAGCAACAGACUGAGUUCUACAAUGCCGUGAAGACCGGCUACACCAUCGGCUACAGCUUGUCCCUUGCCAGCCUCCUGGUUGCCAUGGCUAUCUUGAGCCUGUUCAGGAAGCUGCACUGUACCCGAAACUACAUCCACAUGCAUCUCUUCAUGUCCUUCAUCCUGAGGGCCACCGCCGUCUUCAUCAAGGACAUGGCCCUCUUCAACAACGGGGAGAUGGACCACUGCUCUGAGGCCUCGGUGGGCUGCAAGGCAGCUGUGGUUUUCUUCCAGUAUUGCGUCAUGGCCAACUUCUUCUGGCUGCUGGUCGAGGGCCUCUACCUACACACCCUGCUGGCUGUCUCCUUCUUCUCUGAGCGGAAGUACUUCUGGGGGUACAUACUCAUCGGCUGGGGAGUGCCCAGUGUAUUCAUCAUGACAUGGACAAUCGUCAGGAUCUAUUUUGAGGAUUUUGGGUGCUGGGACACCAUCAUCAACUCCUCAUUGUGGUGGAUCAUAAAGGGCCCCAUCCUCAUCUCCAUCUUGGUGAACUUCAUCCUGUUUAUCUGCAUCAUCCGAAUCCUGGUUCAGAAGCUACGGCCACCUGACAUUGGGAAGAAUGAUAGCAGCCCAUACUCGAGGCUGGCCAAGUCCACACUUCUGCUCAUCCCCCUGUUCGGAGUUCACUAUGUCAUGUUUGCCUUCUUCCCCGACAACUUUAAGGCCCAGGUGAAAAUGGUCUUUGAACUCGUCGUGGGGUCUUUCCAGGGUUUUGUGGUGGCCAUCCUCUACUGCUUCCUCAAUGGGGAGGUGCAGGCAGAGCUGCGACGGAAGUGGCGGCGUUGGCAUCUGCAGGGCGUCCUGGGCUGGAGCUCCAAAUCCCAGCACCCGUGGGGAGGCAGCAACGGCGCCUCGUGCAGCACGCAGGUGUCCAUGCUGACCCGCGUCAGCCCGAGCGCGCGCCGCUCCUCCAGCUUCCAAGCGGAGGUCUCCCUGGUCUGACCGCCAGAGGCCGCCAGGCCCCUUCGCAUCCUCCCCACGCCGGCGCCUGGAGCAGAGGUCUGCAGCGACGCGACACCGCUGGCUCCAGCCUUUUGUAGGGACGCAAUCCUUUGCUGCAGCCAGGACCCGGUCCAUGCUAGCUGGAGAGCCGGGAGGUUUGCCCUGGAGGAUAAAGGGAGGAACCAGCACCAGACUCCACCUCCCAAGGCCGCUCUGCCAGUCAAGCGCACAAAAAUCUGCAAUCACCUCCUGGAAAGCAAACCGCCUGCCCUCAAAGCUUUGGAACUUUGAGGGCAAAAGGUUCCGCCCUGUCGGUGCCUAGAAUUCCACUGGGACGCUCAAGUCGCUUUGCGUUAAGCGUGGCCAUUGAGACUCGUCUCUGAGGAUGCAGCCCCCUCCCUCCGUUUAUCUGUCAGCUCUUCCGGGUGGGUGAGUUCUUCUACCUCAGGCAGAUAUGGUUGUGACCUGGAGUUUCCGUUUGGGGAUCACAGCUGUGUUGUGGUCCUCCCUCAGGAUGGAAUUGUCCCCAGUGAAUCGUCAGACCUUGGAGCUCAGGGACCUACCUCUGGGGAGGGAGGGAGAAGACAGCCCCGCCAGUGCUCACCAAGUGACUUUGUCCAUCAAGUAGGACCAGUCCCACUAGCCUUAUGCACAACCAAAGCAAUAGAGAGCUGUCCGCUCUGGGCGCUUAUCUACACACCAACUACUGCUGCAAGGGUCAGAGACAUGAACACACAGGUCCCUUGAUCCUGAGGUCACCCUGAUAUCACUGGUAGUGACACUGAGUCUCAGUGAGAGCAGAUAUCCUUUCCUGUCGCUAAAGACUACCUGUUUUACAUAUUGUGAUCUGCUGGAUUCUCUGGAGGUCGCAUUACCACAGAUGCUAUUGCCACCCUCGGUCUCCAGUUCCUGUGGAGAGUGAUUAUGUCAGACAUAAAAGCCUGGGGUGGGGGUGGGGGGCAAGGCAUCUUAUGCCUCCCUCCACCUUUAUAGUGAUAGUGGCUUCUAAUCCAAACUGGUGUAGGCAGGCUCUUCUCAGAGCUGCACCGGGCCUGUAUGACAAUAAACAUUGGCUCUAGCAGGCUUAGUUCCCCUGGCCCCUGUGGAUCUCCUGCUUCUUCUAAGCAGCUGUGCCCCCUCUGCUCUGGUGAGAGAUGACCCACUAAAGCUACCACCCUUCUGGCUUUGGGCAGGAGCCCCACACAAGAGCCUUUGAUUCACAUGUGAAUGUGAAGAGGUUGUGACAGGGGUCCCGUUGUGACCCUCCCUCCCCUAAACCCAUCUGGGAGGAGACAGCUUCUGCCUCACACCAAAUCAAAACAGCCAACAGAGCUGUCACAGAGAGCAAGGGUUCGCCAUCCUUCUUGAAAACACAGCAAACAGGAAAUGUUGCAACCAGGCCGCUGCUGCCUAGGAGCCAAAGGAGAGAGAGCUCAGUCAGAGACCGUAUGGCGAGCAGAAAGGAGUAGACGGAGCAGUAGGGCAAAGCAGGUGACAUCGGUCGGUCAGUGAGAGAUAGCUAGGUCCCAAGGGUUUGUGCAAACACACUUGUGUAAACUUGUGGAUGUCAGGCUGGUGUAAAGAAGCCAGCAUGGGCUAGCAGAGGUUCAGACCUGACUGCAAUACCCCAUUCAAAGGCUGCUGCACCCAGGACCAACCCCCUGCCUAAAUGAAUGGGACCAAGAGUCCCCCAGCAGCGCUGUGUUGUGGCACCAGUGUAAGGUGCAGGGCCCUGGGAGAGGAGCAGUGACCAGCCAAGAGGACAAAGUGAAUAAAACUCAAAGUGUGUUCAAGAGAGGAAGGGCAGAGUUAGGAGGUGAGAGGCUAAGUGGAGGGCAUUCUGGGAUAGAGACUGGGAGAAGACUGGGAGGCUGGGGUGAGGAGCUAAGAAAACUUGUGCCAGCAUCCUAGGCUAGUGACAGCCCUGGGACUUCCAGGACACCCAGGUCCUUCAGGCAGGCGAACUCAUCUCUACCGCCACCUAGUGGACACUUCAAAGACUUGACCAACUUUGGCCACCUUAGGGCUUCAUAUUGUCAAGGUCUCACACUGGGAGACAACCAACACAGAGCUCAAUACUGAGCUCCAUACGGAGAGCCAUACGUAGGGCUUGCCACGCACCUCGCCCUCAGGUCAAACCACUGGCCCCUUGUGAGUCUUGCCUUGACCCAAAAGAACCUGAUGGAACCCAGCCCCUGGUGGCUCCUUAAAACUGAACCCUACCCAUGGUCUCCAAGGACAAUGGCUAGUUAGCUGAAGUGGGUAUGGACAGGGAGCAGAACCAUCUGAGCCCAGAGAAGGUUCGUUCUGUGGGAAAGGCUUGUUCACAGGCAGUCCUCCCACUCUGGACACAGCCUGUCGGAGGGAACUAGAUUACCGGCUGGCAGAACUGCACUGAGGUGUUUGAGGUCCUAGAGUCCCAAGGGAAUGUGUUGGGUGUCAGGGACACCCGAGUUUGGGGGCACUUGCCAGUAGAGACAAAGAGAAGGUCUAUCCGAUGAGGCUGAGAGAUGGGGUGUCUGGAAAAGGUGCCAGACCAUCAACAGGAAAGGGAGGAGGUCAGUCAGAGAGACAAUGGCCUGGUUUGGGACAUGCUAAAUGUUAUGUCUGCAGGGGAUCUGAGAAGAACCCCUCUAAGGCUGUUAGAAAUAUGACCUAAAGGGACAGAAGGCAGGAAGACCAAAGCAACCCCUUUGGAAGGAACAGUGAGUGUCCGGGCAAGUCCCCAGGCACCCCAUGGGGAGUCAGGAGAGGAGACUGACUCAGCCCCUCUAUCCUAACUGCCACACAGGGUCUGUUUUAAUGAGCAGUGACCAGCUUCCCUACCCCCAUGUGGGAACAAGAACAGCUCUUAUCUCUCUGGGGGAAGGGGAAGGGGCGGGACCACAGCUGGCAGUCAUUAAACACCCUGCUCUAGGCAGGGAUGGCCUCGAUAUUAAUAGCCUCGGGAGUCUAUGGCCCCAAAGACUUGGCCUCCCAGGAAAAGGACAGAGCAACCGCAGCAGGCCAGAGGGAUGCGUCAGGAGGCCAUCUUGGCAAUGCCCCAGCCUCCACACAAGGCAGAUGGGAUAACCAGAAAACAGAGAAGGAAAAGUCAUUGUAGAGGCAGAUGUUGAACCCAGCUUUCCAGAACCCCUGGUCGUGCCUCAGAUAUUCUAUAUAUUGUCAAAGAUGGGGUCAUUUGACUGUGCCCUACCUGGAGACACAAAGAGUUGAUCCGGUUAGCAGUCCUGAUUCUGUCUUGACAUAUUGUUUAUCCUGUAUUUUUGCAUUAAUUUUGAUAUUUUAAAAUACUGCAU